AAUGAACUAGCACCAGUUCUGCAUGGAGUUGGAAAAUUCUAAUGCAAUCCAAAAACCAGAAUGAAUCAAAGGUUUAAACACCAAAAAACUUUGUAGAACAAUUAUGGUAUUGAUACGAACUGCAUUUUACCACAAUUCGGGCUUCCUGUAAUACAGGUAUGGCUGGGAUAGCGAGACCAGCAAGACUUUCAAUGGGAACAGAGAACAAAAAGUGGGAGGAACACAGCUUGUGUCUGCUUAAUGUGUGCUAGUGAAUGCAACUAUUGGACUUCCAUGCAUAUGCAUCUUUAACUUUCACGUAUCCAUCUUUCAUCAUGUGUGAUGAAGCUUUUCCAUCUCAAUUAACACAUCUGGUUGAGCAUUGAAAGUGAUAUAUAUAUAUACAUGUGUUUGGACACUAAUUAUUUCUCUAAUCAUGCAGUUAGUGGUGAAUUUUUCUAUGGUUUAAGUGAACCAAUUAUUACCAUAUAGCUGGUCGGGCAAACCAGGCAUCUGUCAACCACACAUCCAAUACCUCUUGUGCCUUGCCCCAAGCUGUGGAAAUUGUUCUCGUAGGAGCUAGUUUAUCCAGCUUUAAUACCAACUACUAAGAAAUGCACCUGUUACCCGAACCAUUGUUCACCGUUCCAAUAGAUGAAACCGACAUUGUAAUAACCAUCAAGGGUACGACCGGCGGUCGAAUCUUGAUGGGAGCGAGACAUGGUUGCAUUUACGAAUUCUUUUUAUCAGGCCUUUCGCUCGUCUCACGACCGGAAAAGGGAACCAUUAAGAUGUACGAUUUAGAUACAGACGGGCAAGCCAUGACUCGGGUGACAGCCAUCGGUAUCAAUACCAUCGUCCAGUCUGUCGCCAAUAUUGCAGAACGGCGGAUCGUUCCAGUUUCCGACCGUUGGUUGGUAUUGCGCCAAUCGAGUCGAGCGAAUCGACCAACUUGCAUUUGGUCGCAAAUUAAUGCCUCUGUUGUCCGUCUGUACUUAAACACUAUGUCCUGACGUACAUUCAACGGAGCUACGCCUUCUAGCCGCCUGGUGACGAUUUAGCUGUUCCAAGUGCGUCUACCGCCUGGUUACGCGGCCAAUGCGUGGGAAUCACGUUUUUAACUACCGUCACAGCAUCAGGGAACGAUGUAGCCAGGACAUUGUCCAAUUUAAAUUUUCCAGCUGCCCAGACAUUUUCAGAGACGCAAAACACGCUGGGGUUGGACGGAAAGAGAUGGUCAUUGGCAGAAGUUACUCCUACCCUCCAAAGACAAAUCGAUCCGUCAAUCUUUGCCCCUCCAGCACCUGAGCCUUCACUUAUUGUAACGUUACAUGCUGUGGGACCUCGAAAGUUCAUUUUCCUGAAGACGCAAUGCUGCCACGUCGUCUCCCAACUUAGGCCUGUGGAUAUCCUCCAUCAAUUACUGUUUGACGCUUCAAGGCCGGACAACACGGCCGUUCGUGCUUUUUUCCAUGUUCUGCGAGAAGAACAAGCCUGUGCCACUUCCCUGAUUUUGGCAUGUUUGACGAGCAUUCAGGACUCCCAGCUGGCUGACUGGGCUGCUCGCGCCUUCUUCCUACUUGGUGGCGACGUAAAAGUCUCUCCGUCUCAUCUGGCUCAUCCCAUUACGUCACCCGCGUCUCCUUUUGUCGUCAACUCGCCCGCUCAUCUGAAGAGUACACCUAGCAACUUCCACCACCAACAGUCGCAUUUUACUUUUAGUUCACCUGAUUCUGGAGGAGUGGGGGGAUUCAACCCAAAUGCCAUUUUGACUCCCCAAAUGCAACCUAAUUCGCCCCAUUUGAAUAACGUGGUGACUAGCAGUGGUGGCGCAGAAUUGACCGACUAUCAAUUCUCUGGUCGACAUAACGGACUUUACCUUUAUCUCGGACGCAUACUGAGGCCACUUUGGCUUAUGCCGCUGGCCAGAGAUGUAGGAAAGCCCCAUCAGCCGUUAUUGGACAGUGUCGUCAACAGUGAAGAGUUGUUAACUGUGCUGGGCCAACUGAAUGCUCUUAAGGGAUUCGUUCAUGCCAAUAUCCAUCAAAUCGGUCCGCAGAGCUACCAGUCCAGUGAGAAGGACCGCCUUCAGGAUGCUCAAAUGCAGGAGAGAAAAUCUCUGUUGGCCAUGAAACAAUUGUUGGAUCAUACCGUCGAAGUACUUGCUCUCUGGAAAGUGUUGUGCGAUCACCAGCUCCAUUUGCUCGGCCAAUCGUUGUCGGCUGAAAUGCGGAUGUCACUCAAGACAACGUUGUUCCGAGACCUCAUCCUUUCCGGUUCCGACACCUGCAUUGGGCUGAUCAACGCUCUGAUUCAUCGAUACUUGGAUGAUGCGGCCAGUACGGACGCCAUCAGUGAAAAAUUGAGACAGGUCUGCCCGUCUCUCUACCGCAAUGAGGAUGCUCUAUGCACUAAAGUCAACGAGCAACUUCUCAAGGCUCGAACGAACACCAUGAGCCGAAUGGACAAGGAGCGUCUGCUGCAGCAAACGCUGGAAACGUGCAAGCAGAUUCCGGCUCGCAUCAAUUUGGCGCAUGUUUGCCAACAGUUGUCCGCUUGUCAGUACUUCGGAGGCGUGGUGGAGCUCUGCUGCGUCGUGGCUGAGAAGCUCGACCCUCAGCACCGUGCCCAACAAUGCUACAGCGGCCAACAAGAAGAUCCUGCCGCUGUCGAGGCGCUUUUGGCUCGUAAAAAUUGCUACCAGCAAAUGUGCCUUGUUUUGCAGAAACUCUACACGGCCGCUGCGUGCCAUCCUCAGUCGCCCAGCGUGCCCAAAUCACCCGGACCGAUGGUACAAACGACUCCACAGGGAUACGAGGAGGGACUAAGCCCAUUAGAAGCGCAGCGGUUGGCAGAUGAAACUCUUUCUCUUGCCUUGCAAUCGGAUGAUGAACUAUGUCAUGUUGCCAUUUUCGAUUGGUUGACGGACAACAAGUGGGACGACAAGUUGUUGGAAAUUCAGUCGCCUCACUUGGAGAAUUACCUCAAGAGGCAAACAGUUGGUCAGGUUGGCCAACAGCAGCAAACAGAUUUAGUUGCAAAAUACGAUCUGUUAUGGAAGUUUUACGAAAAAAGUGGCCAGUUUAUCGCCGCUGCACGAGUUCUUUCCCGUCUAGCUGAUGCCCACAGCACGGCCAUAAGUCUUCCGAUGAGAAUAGAAUACCUUUCGCGGGCCAUUGUGUGCGCGCGAGCGGCUGAGACGAGCUCCCUUGGUAACGCCGUUCAGGGCCAGUUCCUCUACGAAAUGGAGGAGAAAAUGGACGUGGCUAAAGUCCAGUCUCAAGUGCUGGAAGCCGUCUCUCGUUUGCCCAGUCGAGAUGCCGACACCAUCAGCCGUUUACAUUCCGACUUGCUUGACGUGACUCAACUAUACGAGCAAUUCGCUGAGCCACUGGGUCUGUGGGAAUGCAAACUGGCUAUUUUGCACUGCGCCAAUCAUUACGACUCGGCUUUGGUGACCAGCAUUUGGCAAAAUAUUAUCAAUGCUGAAGUCAAGAAACUGAGUAGUGCCGACACUGAAACAAAACUGGCCACCCUGGGUAGCAAAAUGAAAACGCUAGGUCGAACUUAUGCCCAGUCAGAGCAAUUUUUCCCUUUGGAGUUCCUCGUUAAGACCCUGGAAACAUAUUCAGUUCGCUGGAAUGGCCCACCAGGCUGGGCCGUUUCCAUCAUACUGACAGCUGGAGUAUCGUUCCAGCGUCUUUUUGCCGUUUACAAUCGCCUGUACGGCGCAAAGGAUGUCGUUUGGCAAGCUGAAGGCAAACCCAAUCACUUGCUCAAAGUGCUGGCCGACAUGUUAAAUCGGCUUGUUGAUUCCUCUACUGGAGGCUUGGCAGCCCUGGUGCCGACAGCCGAUCGUCGAGCUCUUAUAGGACAGUGUGUCGAGGCCGUUGGUGUCUAUUUGACGGAUCUAUUUUGCACGACUCACGCCACAUCACCUGCCCUCAUAGCCGAAUUCCGUACUCUACAAGGCAAAUUAGAACUUUUGUAACGAAUAUUUUAAAUGCUGUUUUUCUCCCCCAUAGUUGUCAUUCAUCCCCUAUUCUUUUUCUUCUUUUCCGAUUCUUUGAAGCAACAUUUUAUUUCUCAUUUUCGUGAGCCCUGUAUGUGUGAGCGAGGGCGAAUUCUUGUUGUCAUCUACCAUACGCCUCAACUCUUAAUCCAAUCCACCGAUCAUAUCAAUACAUACCCAGCAUUGUGUGGCCAUUCA